AUGGGUCGUGGUGCCGGGUCGUGGUGCUGGGUCGUGGUGCCGGGUCGUGGUGCUAGGUCGUGGUGUCGGGUCGUGGUGCUGGGUCGUGGUGCUGGGUCGUGGUGCUGGGUCGUGGUGUCGGGUCGUGGUGCUGGGUCGUGGUGCUGGGUCGUGGUGUCGGGUCGUGGUGCUGGGUCGUGGUGCUGGGUCGUGGUAUCGGGUCGUGGUGCUGGGUCGUGGUGCUGGGUCGUGGUGCUGGGUCGUGGUGCUGGGUCGUGGUGUCGGGUCGUGGUGCUGGGUCGUGGUAUCGGGUCGUGGUGCUGGGUCGUGGUGCUGGGUCGUGGUGUCGGGUCGUGGUGCUGGGUCGUGGUGCUGGGUCGUGGUGUCGGGUCGUGGUGCUGGGUCGUGGUGCUGGGUCGUGGUGUCGGGUCGUGGUGCUGGGUCGUGGUGUCGGGUCGUGGUGCUGGGUCGUGGUGCUGGGUCGUGGUGCUGGGUCGUGGUGUCGGGUCGUGGUGCUGGGUCGUGGUGCUGGGUCGUGGUGCUGGGUCGUGGUGUCGGGUCGUGGUGCUGGGUCGUGGUGUUGGGUCGUGGUGCUGGGUCGUGGUGUCGGGUCGUGGUGCUGGGUCGUGGUACUGGGUCGUGGUGCUGGGUCGUGGUGUCGGGUCGUGGUGCUGGGUCGUGGUGCUGGGUCGUGGUGUCGGGUCGUGGUGCUGGGUCGUGGUGUCGGGUCGUGGUGCUGGGUCGUGGUGUCGGGUCGUGGUGCUGGGUCGUGGUGUCGGGUCGUGGUGCCGGGUCGUGGUCAGUUUUGGUGCCGGGUCGUGGUGCCGGGUCGUGGUGCUGGGUCGUGGUGCUGGGUCGUGGUGUCGGGUCGUGGUGUCGGGUCGUGGUGCUGGGUCGUGGUCUCAUUGA